AUGGAGUACCUGGGGGACAAGCUGUCAGUGGCCCAGUCCCAGGUGUCUGGUUGGAUGGGGAACGUACGCCGCUCCCUGCAGGGGGCGCUCAGCGUUGUGUCCAGUGCGGUGGAACGUGGGGGCAGGGGGGCUGAGGACAGCCCUGGUGGCUUCAAGAGGGCCAACUCGUUACGUUCUCUGGCCUCUCGCAGCCGGGACUCUUUCCGCAGGUUCUCGCUACGCAGCCAGCAGCGCCUCUCCCUACGCAGGCGCCCUGGGAGCAGCACCCCCAACACCCCCACCGCAGUAAGACACACACACUUUGUUUACACUCACUCCCCCUCAUCAAUCCCUCUUACCACCAACUGUCCUUCCGUCAGUCAUUACACAUUCCAAGCACCUCAAACACGCCUUCUCUAUUUGUGUGUUUCAUGUCUUUGUCUAUUUAUGUUGCCAUGGGAUUUCUCUCUCUGAUCCUGAUAGUUCCUGAAUGUUCUGCUUUUGUUCACUGCUCACCCCCAUAUGCGCCUCAUCUGCUAGUGUCUCUCUCUAUCUCCUCCUCUGAUACCAUCUUUUACAUAACACUAACCUUUGUCUGUAUGUGUGCACCAUAGCGCCCACUCCAGCAGCAGUGUCACUGGCUCCUUAGGUCAUAGCUUACUGUGGGCUGGAGUUGGGUUUCUCCCCCCCCACCCCCCUUUUAACCCUUUACACUCUUGGGAAUUGGCCUAUAUCGAUAGGGCUAAAUUGAAAUGUUUCUUACUGAAGAAAUAUGAAAAUCAUAUGCAUAAGCAUGUUAUCAAUUGAAAGGGAACAGUUUGAAGAUUAUGGGACAAUUAUUAGACCAAUGUUGAGGACACAACAGUUCACCUGAUACGAGACUGAAUCCAAACAUUACACUGUUGAUUUUAUGUGCAUUUUACAUUUAAUGUACUUUUCGCAGUAUUUGUUGAUAACGGAAUCUUAAAAUACUCUGGAUGCAUUCAGUAACAUAAGAUUUUUCCUGGAAAAUGUGGGGUAGGUGCAACAUAAGACAAAAAAAAUGACAAGGGUUUGAGUGAGAGGACUAACUGGUGUCUCCAAGUGGCCACACACCUCUCCGAAGUGUGCACAGUUCCUAAGUAACUUCAAUGCACUUUUAUGGCUCAAAGAAGAGUCUUCAUCUAUAAGGUGCAUUUUAGAGCUCUCCUAGCUGUGCUGUUGAGGAACUAGAGCAAGCACACUUGUAGUUGUUUUGUUUGGAACACAACCCUGCAUCCCCACCUUUACACAAUUACUGUUGUUUACGCAAUCCAAAAACUGACCAUUAUAAAUCACAAUCUGGGUCAGGUGGGCAUCAUUUGAAAGUUUAUUCUAUUGCCAACAUGACUAGCUAAGUUAUAAAAUAUGAUCUUAGUGUUAAGCUUUCACAAGGCAAUUCAGAGAAACAGAUUGUAAUUUUGGUGCGCACAGAAAGGAGUCAUGAGCGCAUUCAGGUGCGUGUUCCGCGGCAAAUUUUCUUCCCAAUAGACAAACAGGCUCAUUCUGUUUAGGACAACCCAGGGAAUGACGCCAUGUCAUCUUAUAACUGUACAUCAAACAUAGUGAUCAUAAACGUUGACACGGUAUAUUACAUGAGUUUUAUGAUAUGGAAAUGUGAAGUGGGCAUUUGGACUCACAGGUGUUUGGCUUGCUUGUAUGACAAAGCAGUAUUUAUUAUAAUCCUCAAUGUCUCAUCUUUCAAAAUACACUGAGUCCUCUUAAUUUACAGCAUUUCCCUCACGCAGACAACAAAAAUGUUGCAAAAUGUGCCCAAUUAGUGGAAGGGAUGGGGGCAACUUCUUGUCGUGUGGUGCUCAAGUUCAGAACGUCUGUCAGUCAAAACCCAUACAGCGCUCUGAAGCGGAGAGCCUGAGCUUUGAUGUCAUUUUAUAGCAUGUUACUGUACAGCCACUGCGUUCCAAUUUAGGCCAUUUUCAACCCGUAUACAAGUACGAGUGUCAAGGGCUACUGUAGUUUGUGUAUAUAGCAGUCAACAACAGUACUGGAAUCCAUGUUUGGAUAAAGACUAUACAGUGAGGGAAAAAAGUAUUUGAUCCCCUGCUGAUUUUGUACGUUUGCUCACUGACAAAGACAUGAUCAGUCUAUAAUUUUAAUGGUAGAUUUAUUUGAACAGUGAGAGACAGAAUAACAACAAAAAAAUCGAUGUCGCAUGUCAAAUCGCAUGUCAAAAAUGUUACAAAUUGAUUUGCAUUUUAAUGAGGGAAAUAAGUAUUUGACCCCUCUGCAAAACAUGACUUAGUACUUGGUGGCAAAACCCUUGUUGGCAAUCACAGAGGUCAGAUGUUUCUUGUAGUUGGCCACCAGGUUUGCACACAUCUCAGGAGGGAUUUUGUCCCACUGCUCUUUGCAGAUCUUCUCCAAGUCAUUAAGGUUUCGAGGCUGACGUUUGGCAACUCGAACCUUCAGCUCCCUCCACAGAUUUUCUAUGGGAUUAAGGUCUGGAGACUGGCUAGGCCACUCCAGGACCUUAAUGUGCUUCUUCUUGAGCCACUCCUUUGUUGCCUUGGCCGUGUGUUUUGGGUCAUUGUCAUGCUGGAAUACCCAUCCACGACCCAUUUUCAAUGCCCUGGCUGGGGGAAGGAGGUUCUCACCCAAGAUUUGACGGUACAUGGCCCCGUCCAUCGUCCCUUUGAUGCGGUGAAGUUGUCCUGUCCCCUUAGCAGAAAAACACCCCCAAAGCAUAAUGUUUCCACCUCCAUGUUUGACGGUGGGGAUGGUGUUCUUGGGGUCAUAGGCAGCAUUCCUCCUCCUCCAAACACGGCGAGUUGAGUUGAUGCCAAAGAGCUUGAUUUUGGUCUCAUCUGACCACAACACUUUCACCCAGUUCUCCUCUGAAUCAUUCAGAUGUUCAUUGGCAAACUUCAGACGGGCCUGUAUAUGUGCUUUCUUGAGCAGGGGGACCUUGCGGGCGCUGCAAGAUUUCAGUCCUUCACGGCGUAGUGUGUUACCAAUUGUUUUCUUGGUGACUAUGGUCCCAGCUGCCUUGAUCAUUGACAAGAUCCUCCCGUGUAGUUCUGGGCUGAUUCCUCACUGUUCUCAUGAUCAUUGCAACUCCACGAGGUGAGAUCUUGCAUGGAGCCCCAGGCCGAGGGAGAUUGACAAGUCUUUUGUGUUUCUUCCAUUUGCGAAUAAUCGCACCAACUGUUGUCACCUUCUCACCAAGCUGCUGGGCGAUGGUCUUGUAGCCCAUUCCAGCCUUGUGUAGGUCUACAAUCUUGUCCCUGACAUCCUUGGAGAGCUCUUUGGUCUUGGCCAUGGUGGAGAGUUUGGAAUCUGAUUGAUUGAUUGCUUCUGUGGCAGGUGUCUUUUAUACAGGUAACAAACUGAGAUUAGGAGCACUCCCUUUAAGAGUGUGCUCCUAAUCUCAGCUCGUUACCUGUAUAAAAGACACGUGGGAGCCAGAAAUCUUUCUGAUUGAGAGGGGGUCAAAUACUUAUUUCCCUCAUUAAAAUGCAAAUCAAUUUAUAACAUUUUUGACAUGCAUUUUUCUGGAUUUUUUUGUUGUUAUUCUGUCUCUCACUGUUCAAAUAAACCUACCAUAAAAAUGAUAGACUGAUCAUUUCUUUGUCAGUGGGCAAACAUACAAAAUCAGCAGGGGAUCAAAUACUUUUUUCCCUCACUGUAUAUGGAUGCCAUGCAGUUGCAGUAGGUGUGUAAUGACAUUGUAGGUCAGUUGGGGGGGGUGGUGUCUUUCCUUGGACAAUGAGGUCUGGGUGUGAGAUGAUGAUGAGGAGGAAGUGUGUUAUUUUGAGCUGUUAGUCAUGAUACAGUUUGAUUGCAUUUUAUGCUAGAUUUACAGAUUAGGUCUAGCUUGUUUGUGUGUCAUUGAACAGGAGAACCAGUGUGUACUGCCUGUAAGGAGAGAGGAUGUGAUGAAUGGUCAGAGCACUGAGGCCAGUGAGAUGUGGGGAGAAAGAGGUGGACAGGGGCCAACCAGCUAAUGGAGCGGUAGUGAGGAUGGUGGGAGAGGGGUUGGGGUGGUCUACCUACUGAAAGGACCGAGGGGUGGAGGUGGGGCUGCUUGGAUGGAUGGUGCACAUGUACAACUCCAGUCCUGAAGGGUCCUGUUUGGCUCAGUUGGUAGAGCAUGGCGCUUGCAACGCCAGGGUUGUGGGUUCGAUUCUCACGGGGGACCAGUACGAAAAGUAUGAAAAUGUAUGCACUCACUACUGUAAGUCGCUCUGGAUAAGAGCACCUGGUAAAUGACUAAAAUGCUUUUUUAAAAUGCUGUUUCUUCCCGCCCCUCCACAUCAUCUAAUGCCCAGAAAGUCCACACACCUGGACUCUCACGUCUUAAUCAGUUUCUGAAUGCAACGCAUAAACAAAACCCCACAGACACGGCAGCCCUUUACCGAUUAAUUCUCUCCGUCUGGUUUUUGUGUGUACGUGUGUCCUUUUUAGCUGGAGCCUGUGUUAGUUGUCCGUACAGUACCUGAGAGUCAGCUGGUGGAUCAUCCAGAUCCCUGUAAUAGGCCCUGUUCUCCCUCAGGCUGACCCAGCUGACCUGAACCCACCACCUCUCCCUCUGGACCCAGGCCUCUAACCUGCAGCCUGGAUCAGCCAGGCCCACUGGUCUUAAAGGGAUACAUCAGGAUUUUGGCAAUGAAAGAGUCAGAUGAACUUGUGGGUACCAUUUUUGUUUCUCUUUGUCAAGUAUGAAGGAAGUUAGAGGUAGUUUGCGAUCCAAUGCUAACUAGAUCCAAUGCUAGCAGAUACCAUAGACUUCCAGUCAUUAUGCUAACGCUAGUUAGCAAUUACACUAGCGAUAGUUAGCAACUUCUUUCAACUGCAUGCGGAGACAUAAAAAUGGUAUCCACGAGUUCAUCUGACAUUGGGAAAGUAGAUAAAGGGCCUCAUUGCCAAAAUCACCAAGUAUCCCUUUAAGUUAUUAAGCCAAGUCAGUCAGGUUUUACUGAAAUUCUGUUGUGCUCUGCAUUCUUAGCAAACACUUGUACAUUGCUGAGCCUUUGUCUGUACAUUACACUUAUGUAAUAAUGACAGAACAAAAUACCCUAACCAUGUCCUUUUCAGUUCUCCAUCAGAGGUCAGUGUUUUGGUAGCUACAGUGGGGAAAAAAAGUAUUUAGUCAGCCACCAAUUGUGCAAGUUCUCCCACUUAAAAAGAUGAGAGAGGCCUGUAAUUUUCAUCAUAGGUACACGUCAACUAUGACAGACAAAUUGAGAAAAAAAAAUCCAGAAAAUCACAUUGUAGGAUUUGUAAUGAAUUUAUUUGCAAAUUAUGGUGGAAAUUAAGUAUUUGGUCACCUACAAACAUGCAAGAUUUCUGGCUCUCACAGACCUGUAACUUCUUCUUUAAGAGGCUCCUCUGUCCUCCACUCGUUACCUGUAUUAAUGGCACCUGUUUGAACUUGUUAUCAGUAUAAAAGACACCUGUCCACAACCUCAAACAGUCACACUCCAAACUCCACUAUGGCCAAGACCAAAGAGCUGUCAAAGGACACCAGAAACAAAAUGGUAGACCUGCACCAGGCUGGGAAGACUGAAUCUGCAAUAGGUAAGCAGCUUGGUUUGAAGAAAUCAUCUGUGGGAGCAAUUAUUAGGAAAUGGAAAGACAUACAAGACCACUGAUAAUCUCCCUCGAUCUGGGGCUCCACGCAAGAUCUCACCCCGUGGGGUCAAAAUGAUCACAAGAACGGUGAGCAAAAAUCCCAGAACCACACGGGGGGACCUAGUGAAUGACCUGCAGAGAGCUGGGACCAAAGUAACAAAGCCUACCAUCAGUAACACACUACGCCGCUAGGGACUCAAAUCCUGCAGUGGCAGACGUGUCCCCCUGCUUAAGCCAGUACAUGUCCAGGCCCGUCUGAAGUUUGCUAGAGUGCAUUUGGAUGAUCCAGAAGAGGAUUGGGAGAAUGUCAUAUGGUCAGAUGAAACCAAAAUAUAACUUUUUGGUAAAAACUAAACUUGUUGUGUUUGGAGGACAAAGAAUGGUGAGUUGCAUCCAAAGAACACCAUACCUACUGUGAAGCAUGGGGGUGGAAACAUCAUGCUUUGGGGCUGUUUUUCUGCAAAGGGACUAGGACGACUGAUCCGUGUAAAGGAAAGAAUGAAUGGGGCCAUGUAUCGUGAGAUUUUGAGUGAAAACCUCCUUCCAUCAGCAAGGGCAUUGAAGAUGAAACGUGGCUGGGUCUUUCAGCAUGACAAUGAUCCCAAACACACCGCCCGGGCAACGAAGGAGUGGCUUCGUAAGAAGCAUUUCAAGGUCCUGGAGUGGCCUAGCCAGUCUCCAGAUCUCAACCCCAUAGAAAAUCUUUGGAGGGAGUUGAAAGUCUGUGUUGCCCAGCGACAGCCCCAAAACAUCACUGCUCUAGAGGAGAUCUGCAUGGAGGAAUGGGCCAAUAUACCAGCAACAGUGUGUGAAAACCUUGUGAAGACUUACAGAAAACGUUUGGCCUGUGUCAAUGCCAACAAAGGGUAUAUAACAAAGUAUUGAGAAACUUUUGUUAUUGACCAAAUACUUAUUUUCCACCAUAAUUUGCAAAUAAAUUCAUUAAAAAUCCUAAAAUGUGAUUUUCUGGAAUUAUUUUUCUCAUUUUCUCUGUCAUAGUUGACGUGUACCUAUGAUGAAAAUUACAGGCGUCUCUCAUCUUUUUAAGUGGGAGAACUUGCACAAUUGGUGGCUGACUAAAUACUUUUUUCCCCCACUGUAUGUAAAAUGUGUCUGGGGUGCUGCUCUGUUGUUGACAGGGGAUAAGUGCUCUUGAGAUCUGUAGUCAUGUUAGGAUAGUUGCAGAGGGUUGUCAUUGACCUGUCCUGUCCAUGAUGGGUGUGUUUACUGUUCAACAUUCCCACCUAGAGGGGUUGGAGCAGGAGAGUGGGGCUGGGGCCGGUGUGAUGAUUGUUCUGUUAUGUUCGUGUUGGGUUCAUUGUACCUGCACUAACUAACCGGCCUGCUCUGUUGUCUUCUUCCAGGCAGCAGGACCAUAUGUUAAAUGUGUCAGAGCUGCACAGCACUUCCUCAUUCAUAGAGAUGUGUGAAUGGCCAUUAUGUAUGACAGAUAUUAACUGUUAUUUUCCAGUUUGCACUAAGGAAAUAGAUUCAUAACAUAUCCAACUCACUAGGCCUUCAGUUUUAUUUUACCGGGUUAGUCUCAUUGAGAUUAAAAAUCCCCUUUUUUAAGAGAGACCUGGCCAAAUUACCAGCACAUAAAGUUUCAUGCAAAGGCACAUUUACAACAUAAAACACUACAGUUUAGCAACAUGAAUUUACACAUUGAGCAGGCAAGAUGCUUUGUAGAGGUGUGGUGCAUUUAGGUGUCAAAACAUUGAAAGCACCCCACUUCAUUGUCCACCAUAGUUUCUACCCUAGCUUUAAAGUAAUUCAAAGAGAUCAGCUCCUGUAAUUUCAUGUCUUAUUGUAGCUCGUUCUAAGGUACAGUCAGCAAGACACAGUCAUGUGAGCGUAGGCGAUAAUUGUCAUUUGUCUCCUGGACAAUGUAGGCUAUAUCAUAUUUUCAGCACAUCGACCCUUAUUUUAAUUUUGGAUUAAAAUAAGAGAGUGGAUGUUAUAAUUAACUAGCCUACAUUUUCAUGAUUGAUUGAAAGGUCUCUCAGGUCAUGUCGAUGACUGUGAUGGUGUAAUCAUGGCAGGCUGUUAUUAUUCAGAGCCGUGAUGUCUGGUAGGUCUAACUUUCCAAGGCCGCCUCAACUUCCUCAGCCACAUGUCAGAUUGUCAGUCAAUCUCCCUUGGUAAUCAGCCCUUUCUCUCCUCUCUCCUUCCAUUCAUCCGCUCAUUGUUCUGUCGUUUCCCUUGACGCACCCUUCCUGUCCACAGGCGGGGUGUCGGAGGGGGCUGGCAAAGGCUAACGUUAUUAAGGAAAAGUCAGCUUCACUACGACUGAGUCAAAAUCACAGCCAGAAAGAAACCUAUUUACCAGAUAAGGUGCCUGGCAGGCCUGCUCUGUCCUUGUAUCAAGUGGGUUGUUGAUAGCAGAGCUACACCCUCACACUGUCAAUACUGAAGGGCUUUCAGCAGCACUAAUAGUCAGCCAGUCCAUGUUAUUUCUUAACCCUCUCUGUCUUGCUGCUUUUGUUUGGUUGACAGGUAACAGGGUAGCCUCAGGAGUGGCAAACACUAAGUGAGGGUGUGUUUGGGUGUGCUAAAGUUCAACCACGUACACUGUGGAUAUGGUAGGUGUUCAAGGAAUUUAGAUUACAAGAGAUUUUCUUAAUGAAUGGUACAUGCUUAGUCCUGUGAAUUAGAUAUGUGUACAGACCUGUAGGGCUGAAAUUCAUGAUAUUAUAAAGGGGUUAUGAAGUGUGACUGUUUUUUGACAUAUUAUAAAUCAUUCCUGCUUCAGACAAGACAUGACUUGACGUCUCUUUACUUUGUUGCUAUUGUUACUCCUCUUUUUCUCAAUAAAGGCCUCGCGUCGAUAAACGUAGCUGUACUCGAACACUGACCCAACCUGUUUUGAAAGGCCUAAGCAUGUAGCUGGAUUAGCCUGCCUGUUUAAUUGACCCCAAGCCCAGCCCACCAUUUUCCUGAGGUGUCUUGUCAUGUGACCAGCAUGUUCAAACCAAUGGUUGUAACUGUAACUCUAAUACUUGUUUGACAGCUAAAGCCAGAUUUGGCAUGGAGAAAGAUCACGGUGUGGAUUUGAAAACAAGCCUAUGCUGUGAUGUAAAGAGGCAUCAUAUUUAGGGCUGUUAAACCUGGAGAGGAGGGGCUACUGUGCUUUCUCAGAUGGAGGGAGUUUCUCACUGUUCUCCCUGACCUUCUUUCUUCCUGAAAGGAAAGGCAUUGAUGAUGAAUGACAUCCUGUUCUGUUUCUCUCGCUCUCCCUCUCUCUCUCCUCUCUCUCUCUCUCUCUCUCUCUCUCUCUGGCCCUCGCUCUCACUCCCGUGCACACACACACAAACCAAACACCUAUUACACUUCCUUCAAUCAUUCUCUUUAGACAGCCUAUUGUGUUGUGAUGCAACAGUGCAUUUGUAUAGCACUAUGUCAAGGAGGUCAAUAGAGAUCAUGUAAGUUCAGCGAGAUUUCUCUUCUUGUGUGAGUGUGUGCACGUGCGCUUACAGUCUUGAAUGCAUGCACAGGAGGAGUGAGUGUGGUAUUAGGAUAGUGUGCCCUCUGUAGCAGCCUCAUUAAAAGAGACUCGGUUCAGUAGACAGCAAACACACAGUGGCUCACCAGUCUCUGUCCCUGUCCCUAUGAGCUCAUCCCAUUACCUCUCAUUAUCCUGCUCACCCACUGUUGGCCUUAGCCACACAAUACAUGGCUAUCAGGACCAUCACCUCUCAAUCACUCACUCAUUCACACACACUCAGCUGGCCAAUUGUCUGUUACUGUAGGCUGGGCGGGGCGGGGCUUCACUCCACAGGCGUGGUGAUGGAUUGAACCGAGAGCCAAUAAGAAGCCUUGAUAGUUUGAUUCAGUCCAGCAGAUUCCAGUUCUGUCAUAUUGGAAUCUGUUUUCUCUGACCUUCUAGUGAUACUCUAAUGGUACAUACACUUCUACUCCUUUUAUACUGACUUGUCAUUUUCUCCCUGCCCAUCUCUCUCUCUCAGGAGCAGUUGAAGCAGAGUGUGGAUGGUGAGGAAGAGGGGAGGGACAUAGACACACUGGUCCACGAGACAGACAGCCAGUACGGGACCUGGGAGACAGGACUGCGCACUGACGAUAGGUGUAUACACACACACAGAUGUGGCUGCUGUGGCCUGGGCCAACACCUGUGAAACAUGGGCUCCUGUUUUUGGUUACUAACAUGCGGAUCCUCAUUUCUCAAUACGAUUACUAAUCUUCCCUGAGGCUGUACCCUGAUAAAGACAUCCCUGUUACUGAAUGCCUCUCAAAUCCUGCCGAUUCAUUUCUCACUCUAAAUAUACAAUACUCGUUUGAGCUAGAAAUGUAACACCGCCCGGAUCGAUAAGUUGUAUCGAAUGGAUGCAGCAAAAGGGAGAGAUGUACUCUAUCAUGUGUUCUACUGGCACAGCAUUGACCUUUUUGACAAAGUCACUGAGCCAUGUUAUUUCCAGCCUUCUAGAUGGGGCAAAGUGGAUAGUUAGCCCCAGGCACUGAUUCUCUGCUGUCCUACCAUUAUGGCUAAUGAUAGUAAUCUCAACAUAAAUCAAAUAAAAUUGUAUUUGUCACAUGCUUCGUAAACAACAGGUGUAGACUAACAGUGAAAUGCAUACUUAUGUGGCCUUCCCAACCAUGCAGAGAGAAAAAAAUUGAAAUAAUAGGAAAACAAUAACAAGGAAUAAAUCCACAAUGAUUAAAGAUAACAUGGCUAUAUACAUGGAGUUAGUACAGAGUCCAUGUGCAGGGGUACGAGGUAAUUGAGGUAGAUAUGUACAUAUACAGUGAGGGGGGAAAAAGUAUUUGAUCCCCUGCUGAUUUUGUAGUUUGCCCACUGACAAAGAAAUGAUCAGUCUAUAAUUUUAAUGGUAGGUUAAUUUGAACAGUGAGAGACAGAAUAACAACAAAAAAAUCCAGAAAAACGCAUGUCAAAAAUGUUAUACAUUGAUUUGCAUUUGAAUGAGGGAAAUAAGUAUUUGACCCCCUCUCAAUCAGAAAGAUUUCUGGCUCCCACGUGUCUUUUAUACAGGUAACGAGCUGAGAUUAGGAGCACACUCUUAAAGGGAGUGCUCCUAAUCUCAGCUUGUUACCUGUAUAAAAGACACCUGUCCACAGAAGCAAUCAAUCAGAUUCCAAACUCUCCACCAUGGCCAAGACCAAAGAGCUCUCCAAGGAUGUCAGGGACAAGAUUGUAGACCUACACAAGGCUAGAAUGGGCUACAAGACCAUCGCCAAGCAGCUUGGUGAGAAGGUGACAACAGUUGGUGCGAUUAUUCGCAAAUGGAAGAAAAACAAAAGAACUGUCAAUCUCCCUCGGCCUGGGGCGCUCCAUACAAGAUCUCACCUCGUGGAGUUGCAAUGAUCAUGAGAACGGUGAGGAAUCAGCCCAGAACUACAUGGGAGGAUCUUGUCAAUGAUCUCAAGGCAGCUGGGACCAUAGUCACCAAGAAAACAAUAGGUAACACACUACGCCGUGAAGGACUGAAAUCCUGCAGCGCCCUCAAGGUCCCCCUGCUCAAGAAAGCACAUAUACAGGGCCGUCUGAAGUUUGCCAAUGAACAUCUGAAUGAUUCAGAGGAGAACUGGGUGAAAGUGUUGUGGUCAGAUGAGACCAAAAUCGAGCUCUUUGGCAUCAACACAACUCGCCGUGUUUGGAGGAGGAGGAAUGCUGCCUAUGACCCCAAGAACACCAUCCCCACCGUCAAACAUGGAGGUGGAAACAUUAUGCUUUGGGGGUGUUUUUCUGCUAAGGGGACAGGACAACUUCACAGCAUCAAAGGGACGCUAGACGGGGCCAUGUACCGUCAAAUCUUGGGUGAGAACCUCCUUCCCUCAGCCAGGGCAUUGAAAAUGGAUCGUAGAUGGGUAUUCCAGCAUGACAAUGACCCAAAACACACGGCCAAGGCAACAAAGGAGUGGCUCAAGAAGAAGCAUAUUAAGGUCCUGGAGUGGCCUAGCCAGUCUCCAGACCUUAAUCCCAUAGAAAAUCUGUGGAGGGAGCUGAAGGUUCGAGUUGCCAAACGUCAGCCUCGAAACCUUAAUGAGAAGAUCUGCAAAGAGGAGUGGAACAAAAUCCCUCCUGAGAUGUGUGCAAACCUGGUGGCCAACUACAAGAAACGUCUGACCUCUGUGAUUGCCAACAAGGGUUUUGCCACCAAGUACUAAGUCAUGUUUUGCAGAGGGGUCAAAUACUUAUUUCCCUCAUUAAAAUGCAAAUCAAUUUAUAACAUUUUUGACAUGCGUUUUUCUGGAUUUUUUUGUUGUUAUUCUGUCUCUCACUGUUUACAUUUUAGUCAUUUAGCAGACGCUCUUAUCCAGAGCGACUUACAGGAGCAAUUAGGGUUAAGUGCCUUGCUCAAGGGCACAUUUACGUCAUUUAGCAGACGCUCUUAUCCAGAGCGACUACAAAUUGGUGCAUUCACCCUAUAGCCAGUGGGAUAACCACUUUACAAUUAUACUUUUUUUUUGGGGGGGGGGGGAGGGGUAGAAGGAUUACUUUAUCCUAUCCCAGGUGUUCCUUAAAGAGGUGGGGUUUCAAAUGUCUCCGGAAGGUGGUGAGUGACUCCGCUGUCCUGGCGUCGUGAGGGAGCUUGUUCCACCAUUGGGGUGCCAGAGCAGCGAACAGCUUUGACUGGGCUGAGCGGGAACUAUGCUUCCGCAGAGGAAGGGGAGCCAGCAGGCCAGAGGUGGAUGAACGCAAUGCCCUCGCCUGGGUGUAGGGACUGAUCAGAGCCUGAAGGUACGGAGGUGCCGUUCCCCUCACUGCUCCAUAGGCAAGCACCAUGGUCUUGUAACGGAUGCAAGCUUCAACUGGAAGCCAGUGGAGUGUGCGGAGGAGGGGGGUGACGUGAGAGAACUUGGGAAGGUUGAACACCAGACGGGCUGCGGCAUUCUGGAUGAGUUGUAGGGGUUUAAUGGCACAGGCAGGGAGCCCAGCCAACAGCGAGUUGCAGUAAUCCAGACGGGAGAUGACAAGUGCCUGGAUUAGGACCUGUGCCGCUUCCUGUGUAAGGCAGGGUCGUACUCUCCGAAUGUUGUAGAGCAUGAACCUGCAGGAUCGGGUCACCGCCUUGAUGUUAGCGGAGAACGACAGGGUGUUGUCCAGGGUCACGCCAAGGCUCUUCGCACUCUGGGAGGAGGACACAACGGAGUUGUCAACCGUGAUGGCGAGAUCAUGGAACGGGCAGUCCUUCCCCGGGAGGAAGAGCAGCUCCGUCUUGCCAGGGUUCAACUUGAGGUGGUGAUCCGUCAUCCAUACUGAUAUGUCGGCCAGACAUGCAGAGAUGCGAUUCGCCACCUGGUUAUCAGAAGGGGGAAAGGAGAAGAUUAGUUGUAUAUCGUCAGCGUAGCAAUGAUAGGAGAGGAUAUGACAGGGCCAAGUUACUUGGUGUAUAGGGAGAAAAGGAGAGGGCCUAGAACUGAGCCCUGGGGGACACCAGUGGUGAGAGCACGUGGUGCGGAGACAGCUUCUCGCCACGCCACUUGGUAGGAGCGACCGGUCAGGUAGGACGCAAUCCAGGAGUGAGCCGCGCCGGAGAUGCCCAGCUCGGAGAGGGUGGAGAGGAGGAUCUGAUGGUUCACUGUAUCAAAGGCAGCAGACAGGUCUAGAAGGACAAGAGCAGAGGAGAGAGAGUUAGCUUUAGCAGUGCGGAGAGCCUCCGUGACACAGAGAAGAGCAGUCUCAGUUGAAUGACCAGUCCUGAAACCUGACUGGUUUGGAUCAAGAAGGUCAUUCUGAGAGAGAUAGCAAGAGAGUUGGCUAAAGACGGCACGCUCAAUAGUUUUGGAAAGAAAAGAAAGAAGGGAUACUGGUCUGUAGUUGUUGACAUCAGUGGGAUCGAGUGUUGGUUUUUUGAGAAGGGGUGCAACUCUCGCUCUCUUGAAGACGGAAGGGACAUGGCCAGCGGUCAAGGAUGAGUUGAUCAGCGAGGUGAGGUAGGGGAGAAGGUCACCGGAGAUGGUCUGGAGAAGAGAGGAGGGGAUGGGGUCAAGCGGGCAGGUUGUUGGGCGGCCUGCAGUCACUAGUCGCAAGAUUUUAUCUGGAGAGAGAGGGGAGAAAGAAGUCAAAGCAUAGGGUAGGGCAGUGUGAGCAGGACCAGCAGUGUCAUUAGACUUAACAAACGAGGAUCGGAUGUCGUCAACCUUCUUUUCAAAGUGGUUGACAAAGUCAUCCACAGAGAGGGAGGAGGGGGGGGGGGGGGGGGGGGAUUCAGCAGUGAGGAGAAUGUGGCAAAGAGCUUCCUAGGGUUAGAGGCAGAUGCUUGGAAUUUAGAGUGGUAGAAAGUGGCCUUAGCAGCAGAAACAGAUGAAGAAAAUGUAGAGAGGAGGGAGUGAAAAGAUGCCAGGUCGGCAGGGAGUUUAGUUUUCUUCCAUUUCCGCUCAGCUGCCCGGAGCUCUAUUCUGUGAGCUCGCAAUGAGUCAUCAAGCCACAGAGCUGGAGGGGAGGACCGAGCCGGCCGGGAGGAUAGGGGACACAGGGAGUCAAAGGAUGCAGAAAGGGAGGAGAGGAGGGUUGAGGAGGCAGAAUCAGGAGAUUGGAGGGAGAAGGAUUGAGCAGAGGGAAGAGAUGAUAGGAUGGAAGAGGAGAGAGUAGUGGGAGAGAGAGAGCGAAGGUUGCGGCGGCGCGUUACCAUCUGUGUAGGGGCAGAGUGAGUAGUGUUGGAGGAGAGCGAGAGAGAAAAGGAUACAAAGUAGUGGUCGGAGACAUGGAGGGGAGUUGCAGUGAGAUUAGUAGAAGAGCAACAUCUAGUAAAGAUGAAGUCAAGCGUAUUGCCUGCCUUGUGAGUGGGGGGGGAUGGUGAGAGGGUGAGGUCAAAAGAGGAGAGAAGUGGAAAGAAGGAGGCAGAGAGAAAUGAGUCAAAUGUAGACGUGGGGAGGUUGAAAUCCCCCAAAACUGUGAAGGGUGAGCCAUCCUCAGGAAAGGAACUUAUCAAGGCGUCAAGCUCAUUGAUGAACUCUCCAAGGGAACCUGGAGGGCGAUAGAUGACAAGGAUAUUAAGCUUAAAUGGGCUAGUGACUGUGACAGCGUGGAAUUCAAAUGAGGAGAUAGACAGAUGGGUUAGGGGAAAAAUUGAGAAUGACCACUUGGGAGAGAUGAGGAUUCCUGUGCCACCACCCCUCUGACCAGAUGCUCUCGGGGUAUGCGAGAACACAUGGUCAGACGAGGAGAGAGCAGUAGGAGUAGCAGUGUUUUCAGUGGUAAUCCAUGUUUCCGUCAGCGCCAGGAAGUCGAGGGACUGGAGGGUAGCAUAGGCUGGGAUGAAGUCAGCCUUGUUGGCGGCAGAACGGCAGUUCCAGAGGCUGCCUGAGACCUGGAACUCCAGGUGUGUGGUGCGUGCAGGGACCACCAGGUUAGAGAGGCAGCAGCCACGCGGUGUGAGGCGUUUGUGUAGCCUGUGCGGAGAGGAGAGAACAGGGAUAGGCAGAGGCAUAGUUGACAGGCUGCAGCAGAUGGCUACAAUAAUGCAGAGGAGAUCGGAAUGAAAUGAACUAAACAUCAGGGAAAGGAGAGAGCAGGCCUCCCUCACCAAAAAAAAAAAAAAAAAAAAUAUAUAUAUAUAUAUAUAACUCUCCCAACUUCCACCUCAGAAACUAUAAUUGUUUCACUGAACCACCCGAGUAAAACUCUCCCAACUUCCACUUUAGAAAUUAGAAUUGUUGUAAACUACAGCAGACUGUUAUCAGUAGCUGUAAUUAAGUACAGCAGCUACCAACCACCUAACGUUAAUGCCUCGGAUGAGGUUAGAAAAACAGCUGAAUGUCUUUGUCAGUGAGCAAACGUACAAAAUCAGCAGGGGAUCAAAUACUUUUUUCCCCUCACUGUAGGUAGGGAUAAAGUGACUAGGCAACAGGAUGGAUAAUAAACAGUAGCAGCAGCGUAUGUGAUGAGUUAAGAGUUAGUGCAAAAAGGCUCAAUGCCGAUAGUUAACCAAUAGCUAACCGGACUAACUAUUUAACAGUCUUAUGGCUUGGGGGUAGAAGCUGUUCAGGGUCCUGUUGGUUCCAGACCUGCUGCAUCGGUACUGCUUGCCGUGCGGUAGCAGAGAGAACAGUCAAUGACUUGGGUGGCUGGAGUCAUUGACCAUUUUUAGGGCCUUCCUCUGACACUUGUUGGUAUAGAGGUCCUGGAUGGCAGGAUGCUCGGCCCCAGUGAUGUACUGGGCAGUACGGACUACCCUCUGUGGCAUCCGAAGGUGCUACAGAGGGUAGUCCAAGCAGUUGACAUACUAAGCAGUGAUGCAGCCAGUCAAGAUGCUCUCAAUGCUGCAGCUGUAGAACUGUUUGAGGUUUGUAGGACCCAUGCCAAAUCUUUUCAGCCUCCUUAGGGGUAAGAGGCGUUGUCGUGCCCUCUUCACGACUGUUUUAGUAUGUGUGGCUCAUGAUAGAUCCUUAGUGGACACAGAGGAACUUGAAGCUCUUGACCCGCUCCUCUACAGUCCCCUCGAUGCGUGCUCGGCCCUCCGUUUCCUGUAGUCCACAAUCAGCUCCUUUGUCUUACUGACGUUGAGGGAGAGGUUGUUGUUGUCCUGGCACCACAUUGCCAGGUCACUGACCUCCUCCCUAUAGGCGGUCUCAUCGUCAGUGAUCAGGCCAACCACAGUUGUCGUCAGCAAACAAAUUGAUAGUGUUUGAGUCGUGCGCGGCCACGCAGUGCACGUCAAUGACCUGCGCUCAAUCAGUUUCAGCUAGCAGCACGUUUUUCCUGCAGUCAGAGCAUCACUAUUUUAUGAAUAAAACAACAUGUCUAAGAAAUGUAAAAGUGCUGAUGACUCAUCAUCAAAAAAUAAAGUAAGGCUAUAUCUCGAGAGUUAUCUUAACUUCCGUUUUAUUGAAGGACAGGACAGGACUCGGCCAGAAUGUGUCAUUUGUGGCGAGAAGCUAUCUAAUGACAGCAUGAAGCCAAGCAAAAUGCAACGACACCAGGAAACAAAAACACCAGGAGACUAUUGGUGAAGGUCAGGAUGUUUUUGAGAGGAAGAAGCAGUUGGCAGUAUCAAAAAGAUCCACAGACAUCAGAAAAGCAUUUGAAAGAGCAGGCAGUGAUUUACACAGAGCCAUGGAGGCAUCAUUUGAGUGUUCGCUAUUAAUUUCCAAGGCUAAAAAGCUGCACAAUAUUGGAGAGCAGCUAAUCAAACCCGCCUGCCUGAAAAUAGUCAAUAGUAUUCUCACAUAGGUCUUCCUUUUGUCCAAGUGGAAAAGGGCAGUGUGGAGUGCAAUAGAGAUUGCGUCAUCUGUAGAUCUGUUGGGGCGAAUUGGAGUGGGUCCAGGGUGUCUGGGAUGAUGGUGUGGAUGUGAUCCAUGAACAGCAUUUCAUGGCAACAGAUGUGAGUGCUACGGGGCAAUAGUCAUUUAGACAGGUUACCUUGGUGUUCUUGGGCACAGGGACUAUGGUGGUCUGCUUGAAACAUGUAGGUAUUACAUACUGGGUCAGGAAGAGGUUGAAAUCUUGCCAGCUGGUCAGCGCAUGCUCUGAGUACUCGUCCUGGUAAUCCAUCUGGCCCGCGGCCUUGUGAAUGUAAACCUGUUUAAAGGUCUUACUCACAUCGGCUAUGGAGAGCGAGAUCACAAAGUCGUCCAGAACAGCUAGUGUUCUCAUGCAUGGUUCAGUCUUGCUUUCCUCGAAGCGAGCAUAAAAUGAAUUUAGCUUGUCUGGUAUGCUCGCGUCACUGGGCAGCUCACGGCUGGGUUUCCCUUUGUAAUCCAUGAUAGUUUGCAAGCCCUGCCACAUCCGACAAGUGUCAGAGCCGGCAUAGUAGGAUUCUAUCUUAGUCCUUUAUUGAUGUUUUGACUGUUUGAUGGCUCGUCGGAGGUCGCAUUGGGAUUUCUUAUAAGCGUCCGGAUUAGUGUCCCGCGGCAGCUCUAGCCUUUAGCCCAGUGCAGAUGUUGCCUGUAAUCCAUGGCUUCUGGUUGGGACAUGUACAGUACAUACGGUCACUGUGGGGACAACAUCGUCGAUGCACUUAUUAAUGAAGCCGGUGACUGAUGUGGUAAACUCCUCAAUGUUAUUGAAUGAAUCCCGGAACACAUUCCAGUCUUUGCUAGUGAAACAGUCCUGUAGUUUAGCAUCCGCUUCAUCGGACCACUUCCGCAUUGAGCGCUUCACUGGUACUUCCUGUUUUGAGUUUUUGCUUGGAAUCAGGAGGAUAGAGUUAUGGUAAGAUUUGCCAAAUGGAGGGCGAGGCAAAUCUUUGUAUGCAUUUAUGUGUGUGGAGUAAAGGUGAUCUAGAGUUUCUUUCGCCUCUAGGCGGAUUUCAGUUUCCCUGCAUUAAAGUCACCGGCCACUAGGAACACCGCCUCUGGAUGUGCAUUUUCUUGUUUGCUAAUGGCUCUGUACAGCUCGUUGAGUGCGGUCUUAGUGCCAUCAUCAGUUUGUGGUGGUAAAUAGACAGCUAAAAAAAAUAUAGAUAAACUCUUGGUAAAUAGUAUGGUCUGCAGCUUAUCAUGAGGUAUUCUAACUCAGAUGAGCAAAACCUCAAGACUUCCUUAACAUUAGAGAUCGCGCACCAGCUGUUGCAUAUAACACCCACAAUUUUCUCUUUCAAGUCACAGGCACAGUUACUGAUAUUGAAAUAAACAAACAGAUACUAUGGUAUCUAUAGGUACUGACUAUACAGAUACAAUAGCAUCUCAGCAGUCCUGACACUGUGUGGUCAAGGAGCAGCAGCUCAUUGAAACCUGCUUUACUUUACACCAGCUUUACACCAGCUCAGAACGGCGCCGGAGAAGAUGGCUGCCGUUUUACAGCCCUCUAACCAAUUGUACUAUUAUGUGUGUUUUUCCGCGUUAUUUGUAAUUUAUUUUGUACAUAAUGUUUCUGCCAUCGUCUCUUAUAACCAAAAAGAGCUUCUGGAUAUCAGGACAGCGAUUACUCACCUCGUAUUGGACGAAGAUUUGUUCUUCAACAAGGCGGCCGCAAAGGAUAUCCUACAGACACCCGACAAGGCCCAAAUCCCCGUCAUUCGCAUGAGGAAGAGACAGAGAUAUCGUGGACGUAGGUCGGGGUGCCUUGUAAGGAUCCGACGGCGAGCGAGUAAACUGCCGCUCCCAUCAAUCCUAUUAGCCAAUCUUCAAUCAUUGGAGAACAAAUUGGAUGACCUAAGAUUACGGUUAUCCUACCAACAGGACAUUAAAAACUGUAAUAUCUUAUGUUUCACCGAGUCGUGGCUGAACGACGACAUGGAUAACAUACAGCUAGCGGGCUAUACGCUACAUCGGCAGGAUAGAACGGCUGACUCCGGUAAGACAAGGGGUGGCGGUCUGUGUAUAUUUGUAAACAACAGCUGGUGCACAAAAUCAAAUACUAAGGAAGUCUCGAGGUUUUGCUCGCCUGAGGUAGAGUAUCUUAUGAUAAGCUGUAGACCACACUAUUUACCAAGAGAGUUUUCAUCUAUAUUUUUCAUAGCUGUCUAUUUACCACCACAAACCAAUGCUGGCAUUAAGAUUGCACUGAAUGAGCUGUAUAAGGCCAUAAAUCAACAGGAAAACGCUCAUCCAGAUGCAGCGCUCAUAGUGGCCGGGGACUUUAAUGCAGGGAAACUGAAAUCCCUUCUACCUAAUUUCUACCAGCAUGUUAAAUGUGCAACCAGAGGAAAAAAAACUCUAGACCACCUUUACUCCACACACAGAGACACAUACAAAGCUCUCCCUCGCCCUCCAUUUGGCAAAUCUGACCAUAACUCUAUCCUCCUGAUUCCUGCUUAUAAGCAAAAACUUUAUGAUGUGCUAUUCACGACUACAAAAGGGAAGCACAGCCGCGAGCUGCCCAGUGACACAAACUUCCAGACGAGCUAAACCACUUCUAAUGCUCGCUUCAAGGCAAGCAACACUGAAGCAUGCAUGAAAAGCACCAGCUGUUCCGGAUGACUAUGUGAUCACGCUCUCCGUAGCCGAUGUGAGUAAGACUUUUAAGCAGGUCAACAUUCACAAGGCCGCAGGGCCAGACGGAUUACCCAGGACGUGUACUCCGAGCAUGUGCUGACCAACUGGCAAGUGUCUUCACUGACAUUUUCAACAUGUCCCUGACUGAGUCUGUAAUACCAACAUGUUUCAAGCAGACCACCAUAGUCCCCGUGCCCAAGGACUCUAAGAUAACCUGCCUAAAUGACUACCGACCCGUAGCACUGACGUCUGUAGCCAUGAAGUGCUUUGAAAGGCUGGUCAUGGCUCACAUCAACAGCAUUAUCCCAGAAACCCUAGACCCACUCCAAUUUGCAUACCGCCCCAACAGAUCCACAGAUGAUGCAAUCUCUAUUGCACUCCACACUGCCCUUUCCCACCUGGACAAGAGGAACACCUACGUGAGAAUGCUAUUCAUUGACUACAGCUCAGCAUUCAACACCAUAGUGCCCUCUAAGCUCAUCACUAAGCUAAGGAUCCUGGGACUAAACACCUCCCUCUGCAACUGGAUCCUGGACUUCCUGACGGGCCGCCCCCAGGUGGUAAGGGUAGGUAACAACACAUCUGCCACACUGAUCCUCAACACGGGGGCCCCUCAGGGGUGCGUGCUCAGUCCCCUCCUGUACUCCCUGUUCACCCAUGACUGCAUGGCCAGGCAUGACUCCCAACACCAUCAUUACGUUUGCCGACGACACAACAGUGGUAGGCCUGAUCACCGACAACGAUGAGACAGCCUAUAGGGAGGAGGUCAGAGACCUGGCUGUGUGGUGCCAGGAUAACAACCUCUCCCUCAACGUGACCAAGACAAAGGAGAUGAUUGUGGACUACAGGGGGAAAAAAAGAGGACUGAGCACGCCCCCAUUCUCAUCUAUGGGGCUGUAGUGGAACAGGUUGAGAGCUUCAAGUUCCUUGGUGUCCACAUCACCAACGAACUAUCAUGGUCCAAACACACCAAGACAGUCGUGAAGAGGGCACGACAAAGCCUAUUCCCCCUCAGGAGACUUGGCAUGGGUCCUCAGAUCCUCAAAAAAUUCUACAGCUGCACCAUCGAGAGCAUCCUGACAGGUUGCAUCACCGCCUGGUAUGGCAACUGCUUGGCCUCCGACCACAAGGCACUACAGAGGGUAGUGCAUACGGCCCAGUACAUCACUGGGGCCAAGCUUCCUGCCAUCCAGGACCUCUAUACCAGGCGGUGUCAGAGGAAGGCCCUCAAAAUUGUCAAAGACUCCAGCCACCCUAGUCAUAGACUGUUCUCUCUGCUACCGCAUGGCAAGCGGUACCGGAGUGCCAAGUCUAGGUCCAAAAGACUUCUCAACAGCUUCUACCCCCAAGCCAUAAGACUCCUGAACAGCUAAUCAUGGCUACCCGGACUAUUUGCACUGCCCCCCCACCCCAUCCUUUUACGCUGCUGCUACUCUGUUAAUUAUUUAUGCAUAGUCACUUUAACUCUACCCACAUGUACAUAUUACUUCAACUAGCCGGUGCCCCCGCACAUUGACUCUGCACCGGUACCCCCCUGUAUAUAUAGCCUCCCUACUGUUAUUUUAUUUUACUUCUGCUCUUUUUUUCUCAACACUUUUUUAGUUGUUGUUUUAUUUUUACUUUUUUGUUAAAAAUAAAUGCACUGUUGGUUAAGGGCUGUAAGUAAGCAUUUCACUGUAAUGUCUGCACCUGUUGUAUUCGGCGCAUGUGGCCAAUAAAAUUUGAUUUGAUUUGAGCUCUCAAAAUGGCCUUGAGUCUCUCUCAGCAGGCCGGUCUAUCACUGACCUCCUGUGGCCAGGAGAAGGUAUCACAGCAACAAACUCCACACAGGUUGAAAAUCUGGAUCAUGUUUUGUAGAAAUGACUAUGCUGUAAGAGUUCCAGAUAAGAUACGAUAUACGUGACUAUUAAUAGACAGUGGGUCAUUGUCAAAUGAAUCCAUCUCUCUGGAUGGAAUAAUCACCAAAUAGUAUGGUCAUGUGCAGUGACUCACCAGUGUUUGCUACCCUCAUUCUGAAAUGAGGAGCUUGUGUGCAAGUGGAGCAUGAGUCUGCCCGGUCAUCCAUUGUGUCAUCCAGCAUAUCCUCUAUGAAAUCUGAUGCCCCUGCCUACAGUAAACCCAGACAGGACCAGACAGGAGAAUAUGACUCAGCCACACAGAGCUAGUAGACCCUGUACCUGUCACAUUGUUCUCUCAGUGCCAAUGCCUGCAUAUAACAAAGACUUUUAGGAAGGUAGCCUAAAGUACUAUUCAUGUCUGUCCUUCCUGUAGCCUGACUCCUGCCACGCCCACCUCAGACGGCAACCUCAGCCCGUCGCCUAGGAAACCCAUUCCGACCCACACACCAGGGGAACAUGCUCCACCAAGUGACCUGGACACUCCAGAUGGCUUCUCCCCCUCGGUCAAGCCCGAGAUGCAACUACUCCCCUUCCCUGAGGUAAGAUUGACACCACCUUUUUAAAGGACGUAUCAGUGUAACAGUUAGAAUUGCUUUUUUCCCCAUAGAUUUGCUUCUUGUGUAUCUGUAUGUGUUUCUGUUUCUCCCUCUCUCCAGGCCUCCACCAUCCUGCUGGACUCCAGUGCUCUGCGCUCCAGGGUGCAGUUGAGUAAGAUGCGGGGGCCACGUUCGCGCCCCUCCAGGGUGGCUCGUCAGACUGCUGCUCUGUCUGUACACCCGGAGGGACAAGCCACACCCACUGAGGACUGGCGCUCCCGAGACUCCACAGGUCAGCCUAGGACUCUGUUCUCAUAUAGACACUCUGUCAUAUCUCCAGGGCAUAAAAUAAACACCAACCAAAUGCGGUUAGAUUUUGGUAUUGGUGGGUAGGAAUGUCUAUUUCACCAGCCACGUUGGUGGGUGGUCAAUUUGCAGGGCUCUACAGUGCAAACAUUACAUUCUCAUUUGCAAAUAAAAAGGGUCAAAAGUCAAGUAUGAGCACAUGUGCGAGUUAUAGCAAAAAAUGCUGCAGUAGCUGUUUUCAAAGCAUUCUGCCGUUUUGUUUCAUAGCUGCUAAUCGCACAAAGAAAUACGAGUCCUAUAUCCCACCUCGCGCAGCAACACUGCCUGCUCUGUCCUCAUGUUUUUUGGCUAUUUACAGUUUUGUUCACAAGCUUGGUUGUUUUUCAAUGUUAGUUUGAGUUUGCUUCAACUGCUAGCUAGUCAGAUUCAAAAUCUCAGACAUACAUGACACCACGGUAACCUCCGCCCUUAAAGGGGCGGCUGCACAUUUGUCUCAUCUGGUGAAAUUUUGGUUAAAAGACUCUGGUCACAAAAGAUUAAAUGAAAUUGAGCAAUAAAACACAUUACUUCUUACUAAUACAUUCCUUAUUUUAGAAACAUUACAAAGCAUGGUCAUCUUUUUUUGUUCUUUUUGAUGUAAUUAUGGGUAGAAAAUAUCUUGUCUCAUGGCUCGACAUUAACACUUGUCCUCUUGUCCGGGACAAGUAAAAAAAAAAAAUUGUCUGACAAGAAGAAUAUAGAUUUGAGUUGUCCAAAUGGAAAAGUAAAAAAAUAUAUAUACGCACAAAUCACAAUAUCAAACAUCCGAUCAGAAUUGGAUCAGAGGCCAACAUUGGAAUAACAUUCAAAUCUAUUUUUCAUGUACAUAAAUAAAAAAAACUGUGCUACAGCCUCAUGUCCAAACUGAUGCUGACAUGAGGGAGGCGCCAGAAAAUGUAGCCAAACUUUAAUGAGACUUUUAAUUACAUAAAUAUAGGCUAAACGCCAGUCAUGUUUGACAAAUAUAAUGAAGGAUAAUUAACAUUAACAUCUAAUGGCUGUCGAUAUACCCGAGGCACGGUUUAUUUAGAUCAAAUGAUCACAAGACAGGAGAGUGAAAGACAGUGCCUGUUGCACACCACACAUCACCCACCUUGAAUCUGAGUGGAGGCGGUCAGCAUUUUGAAACGAUUUAACCAUAAAUGCAAUUGUUUAAAACCCUGAAUGUUUUAUGUAAUUUAAUUAAGCAUGUCUUGCCUUGUUUCAAAGUAGCCUAGCCUAGCCAAAAUAUGACCAUAGAAAUGUUGAGGGAAUUAUUUUAUAAACUCUUAAUGCCAUUGAAAGCAGUUUUGUUUUUUUACAUGUUCUAUUGGUUUUCAAAUCAACUUUAUUUUAUUGUCCAGCAGCCAAAGGCAUAAUCCUAGUCAUAUUAGCACCCAUGCUAUUUGAUGCAUCUUUAGAUCUCCCCUCUUUCUUAAAUUUCUAACAGAUAUUUUAUUCUCUGUCACAUGAAACCGCUAGCGCGUGCGCUGCACUUUUGAGAAUGGUGUUUUCCCGUUAAUUGCAUUUUGGAACAUUUGCGCAUAGCCUACAGCCAUGUGCACAUUGUUGAGCUUAUAAUAUGAAGAAAUACAACUUUUUCAACAUUUAUAAGCUAAAACGGUCUGAUCUGUUGCAUCAGCCUUAUUGCUUCAGAAUUUUUUUUAAUGGCCGGUGGUUGUAUGAAUUUUGGAUCUGUCGUCCCAGAACUCUCCCAGAGUCUGUUUUGAACCGUAGACUAGAGGUCUUCACGGGGCCAAAAAGUUGGACCCGUUCCGAAAUGGACCUGGGGCUUUCCCACCCGGACCCGAUAUGCAAAAAUAAAUCAAAUUAAUAUAGAGAACCGUUCCGAACGGACCCGAGGACAACUAGACCCUUUCUGUAUAGACCUGGUAGGAUCCAGACCCGGUCAGAUCAGAGUGAGGGAAGCAGUAGAAAAGUCAUUUUUUAAAGCUACUUUAUUAACCGGAGCGUGAGAGGUGCCGGUCUAGCAGGCAGGGGAGAGGCCAUACUGUGAGCGAGUGACAUGAGGAGCAAGUAGGGAGGGCGAGACGAGAGACAGCAACCAACCAAGCAGACUCGCGCUAUAGUAGACUAAUAGCUGCCAUAGCUAGGUUAUUUAUCAAAUAUGAUUACAUAGUACCUGUCUUGGACUGCAUCAAACCGGAACGAGAAGCUAGUUAAGCUAGCUAACCUUAGCUAGCUAGGCUAACUGAGGCUGCAGUGCAUGCGCUUUCUCAUCCUACAGUUACAAAUAACAACAACUCCAUUCAGAAUAUUAAGUAGCAACCUACCUGUUGGCUCUUGGUCUUUGUAGCCUAUCCUUCUCCUUUAACUUUUAAUUCUGUCAUUUUAAUUCCAUUUUCCAUUGAUUUAGAUAUCUCCUAACUUUUGCCACACACGGAGCAAGGCUCUAUGACUGUAGCCUAUUUCCGCUUUGAUGACUUAUGAUUGGCCAACAGUGUCUUCAUACCACCACUCUCCAAAUGUGGCCAAUCCUCCCAAGGUUAGGGUUAGUGGUUGUAGCCCAGGGAUCAUCCACUAGAUUCAGCCGUGGGCCGAUUAAUUUUUUUCUUGAGCGGAUAGUCGGGGUCCAGAACAAAAUUAAGCAGUAAGGCCGGAGGGGGUGUGGUAUGUGGCCAAUAUACCACGGAUAAGGGCUGUUCUUAUGCGCAACGCAGAUUGCCUGGAAUACAGCCCUUAGCCAUGGUAUAUUGUCCAUAUACCACAAACCCCUGAGGUGCCUUAUUGCUAUUCUAAACUAGUUACCAACUUAAUUAGAGCAGUAACAAUAAAUGUUUUGUCAUACCCGUGGUAUACAGUCUGAUAUACCACGGCUGUCAGCCAAUCAGCAUUCAGGGCUUGAACCACCCAGUUUAUAAUUACAAAUCAUUUGUAGUCUGCAAAUUGACUGCAAGAAGUCCAAAGAGAUAUGUUUGACUAAAACAUAAUAAUUUCAAACCUUGCUUACAUUUGUAUACGAUCAUGUGUCUCUCUAUUAUGCGUGGGAAUACUUGGGAACAGAUUUCUUAAAUCAAAAUCACUUGGAGCUAAUUUCCUGGUGUUUUUACAGUCUUAUGUCCAACAAUGAAAAUGUAAAAAAUUAUAUAUAAUUGUUUUAUUUUGCUCCGAAAACUUGGCCCUCAGGCCGCCAGUUGGGGAACUCUAUUGUAGCCCAUGGAGUGGGGACUGGGCUGUUUGUCGGCCAAUAGCGGUCCCCUGUGUGUGCAGAUUUUAGUUCCUACGUGUGUGCUAUAGUCCCGUGUAGCUCAGUUGGUAGAGCAUGGCGUUUGCUACGCCAGGGUUGUGGGUUCGUUUCCCACGGGGGACCAGUAUGAAAAAAAAAUGUAUGCACUCACUAACUGUAAGUCGCUCUGGAUAAGAGCUUCUGCUAAAUGACUAAAAUGUAAACAAGCUACACUCUUGUGAAAAGCAAGAGCAGCAGUAUAAAUUAUACAAUUCUUCUCUCUCUCUACUGCAGCAGUCUUUUUCGGAUCUGUACGGCCCUUCUAGACAAGUCAUUUAAAAUUAUAUAUACCCGUGACAAUCAUAUCAGAUCCGACCCAGACCCGUGAUAUUAUUUAUAAUUCUGGAUCCAGACCUGGAUUGGGUCUCGGGUACAGGUGGAUCCGUGAAGACCUCUACCGUAGACAUGUUUUUUUAUCGUCCCAGGGACGACGGGGCGCCCUUAAUUUUGAGCCCUGAAUGGAAUUAUUUUAAGAGACAUAAAAAGUGUUUGGUUGUAAUUGUAAAGUUGCAAUAUUUUAUAGGCUAUGAAGGGUGACUAACCAUCUCCCAGGAGAGCCUUAAAGGGGCAGUGUUGUAAUUUGAGACAGGCUUGAAUAUGCAAAAAAGCCAAUAGGCGGAGUGUAGCCAACAUUUUUGUCUGAUUCUCUAUGGUAAAAAAGAUAAUGUAUUUUAUUUUGUAAAGUGGUUCCUUGCAUCAGACAGUUAUGUAAAAAUUGUAUUGCAUACAGUGGGGGAAAAAAGGAUUUAGUCAGCCACCAAUUGUGCAAGUUCUCCCACUUAAAAAGAUGAGAGGCCUGUAAUUUUCAUCAUAGGUACACGUCAACUAUGACAGACAAAAUGAGGAGAAAAAAAUCCAGAAAAUCACAUUGUAGGAUUUUUAAUAAUUUAUUUGCAAAUUAUGGUGGAAAAUAAGUAUUUGGUCAAUAACAAAAGUUUCUCAAUACUUUGUUAUAUACCCUUUGUUGGCAAUGACACAGGUCAAACGUUUUCUGUAAGUCUUCACAAGGUUUUCACACACUGUUGCUGGUAUUUUGGCCCAUUACUCCAUGCAGAUCUCCUCUAGAGCAGUGAUGUUUUGGGGCUGUCGCUGGGCAACACGGACUUUCAACUCCCUCCAAAGAUUUUCUAUGGGGUUGAGAUCUGGAGACUGGCUAGGCCACUCCAGGACCUUGAAAUGGUUCUUACGAAGCCACUCUUUCGUUGCUCGGGCGGUGUGUUUGGGAUCAUUGUCAUGCUGAAAGACCCAGCCACGUUUCAUCUUCAAUGCCCUUGCUGAUGGAAGGAGGUUUUCACUCAAAAUCUCACGAUACAUGGCCCCAUUCAUUCUUUCCUUUACACGGAUCAGUCGUCCUGGUCCCUUUGCAGAAAAACAGCCCCAAAGCAUGAUGUUUCCACCCCCAUGCUUCACAGUAGGUAUGGUGUUCUUUGGAUGCAACUCAGCAUUCUUUGUCCUCCAAACACGACGAGUUGAGUUUUUACCAAAAAGUUCUAUUUUGGUUUCAUCUGACCAUAUGACAUUCUCCCAAUCCUCUUCUGGAUCAUCCAAAUGCACUCUAGCAAACUUCAGACGGGCCUGGACAUGUACUGGCUUAAGCAGGGGGACACGUCUGGCACUGCAGGAUUUGAGUCCCUGGCGGCGUAGUGUGUUACUGAUGGUAGGCUUUGUUACUUUGGUCCCAGCUCUCUGCAGGUCAUUCACUAGGUCCCCCCGUGUGGUUCUGGGAUUUUUGCUCACCGUUCUUGUGAUCAUUUUGACCCCACGGGGUGAGAUCUUGCGUGGAGCCCCAGAUCGAGGGAGAUUAUCAGUGGUCUUGUAUGUCUUCCAUUUCCUAAUAAUUGCUCCCACAGUUGAUUUCUUCAAACCAAGCUGCUUACCUAUUGCAGAUUCAGUCUUCCCAGCCUGGUGCAGGUCUACAAUUUUGUUUCUGGUGUCCUUUGACAGCUCUUUGGUCUUGGCCAUAGUGGAGUUUGGAGUGUGACUGUUUGAGGUUGUGGACAGAUGUCUUUUAUACUGAUAACAAGUUCAAACAGGUGCCAUUAAUACAGGUAACGAGUGGAGGACAGAGGAGCCUCUUAAAGAAGUUACAGGUCUGUGAGAGCCAGAAAUCUUGCUUGUUUGUAGGUGACCAAAUACUUAUUUUUCACCAUAAUUUGCAAAUAAAUUCAUUAAAAAUCCUACAAUGUGAUUGGAUUUUUUUUUCUCAAUUUGUCUGUCAUAGUUGACGUGUACCUAUGAUGAAAAUUACAGGCCUCUCUCAUCUUUUUAAGUGGGAGAACUUGCACAAUUGGUGGCUGACUAAAUACUUUUUUUCCCCACUGUACCUUUUUUUGGGGGGGGACAAGUGACAUGAGCAUUUGGACAAGUAAAACAUCUGUCCUACUUGCCUGAAGGACAAGUGGCAAAGAAAGUUUAUUUCAAGCCUUGUGGCUGGUAAGAAAUCUGAGUGGCUGGUAGAUUUUUAUCUUGCUGGUGUACCAAAAAGUUAAUUUAAGGUUUGCAUAUCUCUAUCCAGUACCUUGGUUCUCCCACACACCUAUCGUAUGGAUUGAGUCGACCAGUUCGACUGGAGAUGUUCUUAGAUGGUCAAAGAUCUGUUAGACUUCUGAAUAACCUCCUAUUUGUUAUGAUUGUGAAAUGAUGUACUCAGUGUGUUGUCCUCUACAGAGGACAUUGAGUCUUCCAAGCAGGAAGACUCGGACUCUGAGGAGCAGGAGAGAGGAGCAGACCCCCGCUCUGCUGCUGCCUCCUCCCAGCCCCAGAGAGUCGCCCUCUUUCCUGGGAUGGACCCCUCCACUCUCAAGGUGAGCCUCCUCAAGAGAAACAGAUGUUGUCUGGAAGGCAGAGAGUUGACCAGGAGUGUAAUGUAAUGUUGUCACUCAUACUGCUGUGAAAAAUGAGCCUUUGAUAUGUUCUCUUGGUGGUUUCCCCCCUCUGUUUGGCAGGCCCAGCUCAAGAAGAGAGGCGACUCUGACAAUCAGACAGACGGAGCCGCCCCAUCUCCCUCCCAGCUGUCCCGUUCUCCUAAAUCCCCCUUCCUGCCCCGGGCAUCCCUUGUGCUGCCCCCCUCCGGAGGGAAAGAAAAUGGGUAAGAUGGUGACCCUGUCUCUUCCCUCUGUUCAGCCUGGAUCUAAUAAUCCAAACCAGGGAUUGUUGAUCUAAUAACCCAAACCAGGGAUUGUUGAGAUAGUCAGACCAGAAGUAAGUACCAUUUGUAAUGAUUGUGCCUCCCUUUGUCUGUCUGUGUGUCUUCUUAGGGAGGAGGCCUCACCACAGUGGCUGAGAGAGCUGAAGUCUAAGAAGCGCUUGAGUCAGUAUGAAAAUGACAGCUAA